CCAAAGAGGGUGAUGAACGAUGCAGGGGGGCGGUUAAUCGCCCGCGAGUGUACAAUCGAGAGAUGAAAUAAAUAAUAGUAACCGCGUCCUUAGGCGCCGACGGCCGCCGCCGCGCUGCUGCGCCGCCACGGCAUCGCGCUGCUGCCGCCCGACCCGCGCACCACCGCGCACGCCGCGCUGCAGCACGGCCGCACGCUCGUGCUCUCCGGUGGGUAUCUGCACGUAUAUGUACAUACACGUACCCACACACCCACACACCGACCCUGACAUUGCUUGCGUGCGCAGACGCGGGCCGGCUGAUGCUGCAGGAGACGGCGCGGCCCGAGGGGCAGCCGCCCCCCGCGCCCUGUGCGACCCCCGCCCCCGCCCCCGCCCCCGCCCGGGACUCGCCCAAAAAGGUACGUACAGGUCGGGCGCGUAAAACGGUAUUCGUCAGUUUUCCGGCGACCGAAUUCGGAUGUCCCGUAUUAAUUCGCCCCGCCUCCCCGUUCCGUCAGGUGAAAAUAGUCCAACUGGUGGGCGACAGCAAGACGGCGACGAGACGCGGCGCGGGCUCGCCGGGGAAGCCCCGCCCCCCCGUCAAGAUCAUCAUGAACAAGAGCAACUUUCAGCGGCUCGUGGCCGCCAACGUCCCCCCUCCCUCGGCCGCCGCGCCCCCCGAUGACGUCACCCGGCUGAAGCAUCAGCUGGCCGCAUCGCAGAAGACCGUGGCGCGACUCACCGAAGAAUUGAAACUGUGUCGCGCGAAACUGGCGCAGUACGAGGGGCCCUGACCCCCGCGGGGUGUCCCCGAGACGAGUAUCCCUGGCAUACGAUCCGUGGCGUCUUUUGCCCGCUGUGAGAA